GGGCUUAGUUGCAAGUUGUUACAUUUGGUGAACGAUCUGGAGCACUGUGUCUAGCGAGAGAUGGAAUCCUCCAAAAAUCUCACUUCACUGCCUGAAGAGGGCCAAGAGGACGAUAAUCAUGAAGAACAAGAAGGAAAAGAAAGCCGGAAGCCAUCUGUUUCUGCUUUUGCCUCUGUUCCUCAUCGCCCUCCUUCUGCUCAGAGCUCUUUACAGAAGUACUCUCCCUUAGACUGGAAGGAGUUCUUCGACCGAGAGGAAGAUGUUUGCAUUCCCAAUUCAAAUGAUGUAUUUCAUGUGUAUAUGGCAGGAAGCGAAGGACCUGUGGUUUUUUGUCUUCAUGGGGGUGGCUAUUCUGGGCUUUCAUUUGCACUGUCAGCAAGCAAAAUUAAGGAGAAAGCACGGGUAGUUGCCAUUGACUUGAGAGGACAUGGGAAAACAUCCACUGAAAAUGACCUUGAUCUAUCCAUUGAGACCAUGUCCACUGAUGUUUUGGCUGUAUUGAAGGAAAUGUAUGGAGAUUCUCCUCCUGCAAUUGUGCUUGUUGGUCACAGCAUGGGGGGCUCAGUAGCUGUGCAUGUUUCCGCUAAGAAAGCAUUAUGUAGCUUGGCUGGGUUGGUUGUUGUGGAUGUUGUGGAGGGAACGGCUAUGGCUUCUUUGGUUCACAUGCAGAAAAUCUUAUCAAAUAGGAUGCAGCAUUUCUCAAGCAUAGAGAAAGCGGUAGAAUGGAGUGUCAAGGGAGGUUCUUUAAGAAACAUUGAUUCUGCCCGCAUAUCUGUGCCUACCACUUUAAAGUAUGAUGAUUCAAAGAAAUGUUAUGUUUAUAGAGCACGUCUGGAGGAAACAGAACAAUAUUGGAGAGGAUGGUAUGAAGGCCUUUCAGAAAAAUUUCUGUCAUCUCCUGUUCCGAAACUCUUACUUUUAGCAGGAACAGAUAGACUUGACAGAGCUCUUACAAUUGGCCAAAUGCAAGGGAAGUUCCAAAUGGUGGUUGUCCGACAUACCGGACAUGCUAUACAGGAAGAUGUACCUGAUGAAUUUGCAACGCUCAUUGUUAAUUUUAUAUCCCGCAACCGCAUAGGGCCUCAUGGAGUUGAGAUACCUGGACUCCGUCGACCAUCACAGCCACAACAUUGAUGAUGUUGGACAAAUUAGUAGACAUUUUCGCCUAUUUUGGACGAUGAUGCAGAGACAACAUAUGUCAUGCAUUCAGCUUCACAUGCCGGAUCUCUAGUAAAUGUGCUUAGAGGUUUAUUUUCUUUAAUCUUGCCAAAUUUCUGAAUUAAUAAUCCAGUAAUGCAACUUUGAAGUGAUAUGACAAACAGUGACAUAAUUGAACUGAUGUAUUUUGAAUAAUCUGUGGUGAUCAAAUUUCAUAUUGGUUAGCUUUUUGUUGGUCAGAGGAUACUUGCAAUGUUGCAUUCACAUGCGUUUUAUAAUUUAUCAGGGAAUGUAUUUGAAAUUACAUUUUACUUCUUA